UUCAUUGAAGUCUCGCCUAAAUUUCUAAUCUUACACGCUCGACUACCCCUUCCACCCGCUGUUUUCGCCCCUCCCUCCUCUCCCAUGGAUCUCAAGAGCCUCAAAGAAGAAUUCGUCAGCAACCUAACUGGUUCUUCAAUGCUUGAGAUCGCCGCUCUCUCAACGAUCGUACCCGCUCUGGUAGUCCUUCGUCAGUGGAGCUGCUCGGCCCCUGUGAGCGGCACUAUUUAUGCUAAAGAGGUUGAGAAGAAGAGGAAGGACAAUGCGAGUUCUACUUGUAAAGAUGGGAGAAGUUGCAUGGUCGCGUUGUUUAUGGAUUUUUUGUGUGUUGUUGUACCCAUCCUAUUGAUUUUCACCGUUCUUGCUGAAUGGGUUUAUUCCUUCACGGCUUUUGUAAUACUUCUGCUGAUUUUCUGUAUAUCAGCUAAAAGGCUGAGCUCAUCAAGUUCUCGUUUUAUGGAGAGACCAGGGCAUAUGUUGUCUCUAAGGACAAGCAUUUUGUCAUAUAGAGUUUCAGUGGUACUGUUAACAUGCGUCUGCAUAUUGGCUGUUGACUUCAAAAUCUUUCCCAGACGCUAUGCUAAGACUGAAACCUAUGGUACUGGUUUGAUGGAUCUUGGGGUGGGAUCAUUUGUUGUGGCAAAUUCUUUAGUAUCAAGGCAAGCCCGUGGUGCCAAGUCCAUGGGAUGGAAGUCUGCGCUUCAGUCUACAUGUCCACUAUUAGUUCUGGGUUUUCUUCGUCUUGUUUCUACGAAGGGUGUAGGUUAUCAGGUCCAUGUUGGGGAGUAUGGUGUUCACUGGAAUUUCUUUUUUACCCUUGCAGCUGUAGCUAUUUUAACAUCUAUAGUUAAUGUCCACCCGAAGAAAUGUGGAAUAUUUGGGUUAUUUAUUCUUGUAGGUUAUCAGACAUGCUUAUUGUGUGGGUUAAAUGAAUAUUUGAUUUCUAAUGUAAGGGCUUUGGAUUUAAUCAGCCAGAACAAAGAAGGGGUUUUUAGUAUAUUUGGAUAUUGGGGUAUGUACCUUGUGGGUGUGAACUUAGGAUACCUUAUUUUAUUUGGAGAGGAAUCAUCAACCAAGAAUGGACCUAAUAUUAGAUGGGCAAGAACUAGAGUUUGGAUUCUUUGCAUUCUCUUUUGGUCACUGACCAUUAUUCUUGAUAAUGGUGUGGAAAGAGUCUCUCGCCGAAUGUGCAACCUGGCAUAUGUUACUCUCGUUUUAGCUCAGAAUUUUCAGGUAUUAUCAAUUAUCAUGCUUUCAGAUUUCAUGCCUGCGCAGAAACCUUUAGUACUCGAAGAAACAUUCAAUUACAAUCUGCUGGGGUCAUUUCUCCUGGCUAAUCUUCUCACGGGUAUGGUUAACAUGUUGGUGGAUACACUCUCUGCCUCUUCUUUUGCAGCAUUUGGUAUAUUACUUGGAUAUACUUUUCUUCUAACUGCUAUUGUUGGCUUGGCUUGGUUAUAUAGCAUUCGAUUUAAAUUUUGGUGAAAUCAAAUGUACUGACUUUUUAUUAUUUAUUUAAAUUUAAAAUUGUAAUGUCUAAGGGGGUGGUUGAGUUUGGCUCAUUGGUUUAUAUUAUGUUUGGAUAUUAGUAUCUAUUCAUUUUGCUGAGUAGAAUUAUAAUGAAUUGUUCUUAAAUGAGCUAAGGCUAACUUAUUACCUGUUGAUUUAAUUGCACAGUGGAGGGAGCAC